AAAACAUGAACAUCCAUGUAAGCAUUCCCACAACCUCAAUUUUGUUCCAGGUCGUAGCCAUGACAAAUCUUUCACCCUGUUCCGGCUGGGCCAAAAGUCUUCGGCCGGCGUGAAAGCGUUCGUCGAGACAGGUCGUUCGGAUAUUUUGGAGGAACAAAGCCAAGGCGAAGGUGGCGUCUACGACGAGUUCAACGCACCCCCUAUCACCUCCGGCGUGGGUAGGACCGAAGCGGAGUUUUUCGUCGAUGGAAAUCAUUCUAGGGUGUCCCUGAUGUCCCGAAUCGUACCCUCUCCGGAUUGGUUUAUAGGCAUCGAUAGUUUUGACCUGUGCGUCAACGGAAAUUGGAUUGACAGCAUCACCAUUGAGGUGGAUCCCAUCGAUGCAGGCACCGACAACGGCUUCACCUUCACGGCUCCGAACUGGCCGACAGAACCGCAGGGCGAGGCCUAUCGCAUCACGGCCCAUUACCCAGCUCAUCCCGCAGGAUCUUUCUUCUACCCCUAUCUGAAGCGGCUUCCGCCUAUCGGCACGUUCCAGUUUAUCAAGAUCAAAGAAUACGAACUCAGCGAAGUAUUUCACCACGCCGAAGAUGAUCAACGAUACGAAGUUCUCAAAAUGGAGCAUCUCACUAAAAACACCAUCGAUGUCUUCAAUGGCAACAAUGACAUCCAAACCGCAAUUGAAGAAGAACGCGAAGAACAGGAAGUUCAUCACAACAAAGUCAGACCACGACCUAGGCCAUUGAAGCAAUUCACCCUAUCUACCCCUUAUUCUACGACGCCAUUGAAAAGUUAUUACACAACAGACGACAGGAUGUCGAACAUGAUCGACCAGAAAAAUAAUUUUGUUACCUCACCUGCUAUACCUGCCGUUGUUCCACGAGGAGACAAGGAUGCGAUAAUGAAUAGUAUAGCAGAUUCGUAUCUUUUACACAAAGAGAAAAAGCACAAGAAAUAUCACAGAGGCAAGAAAGGUUAUCCCAAGAAAAUACGUGCCCCACGUGAUUGCAGAGUGUCAGCUUGGUCAACAUGGAGCGCCUGCAGCAAAUCAUGCGGCAUUGGAGAAAUGCAACGACGCAGAGAGGUCCUGAAACACGCGAGGAGGGGAGGGCGCCUCUGUCCCCCCCUGGUCGAGACGAAAUGGUGUGGAUCAGCGAGAUCAUGCAACAAGGAAUACUUCAACUGGUAAUCAAGACUCUCCCAGUGAAUAUCUGUGCACAAUUCGAGACGCCAACGUUUCAGUGUGCCGUUGUGAACAUGUGUUGGGGACUGCCAAACUAUACAUUUAUCGUUACUAACCAAAAAAGUGACUCGGGUUUUCUGCGAUAAGCAAAAUAUGACGUCUGUAAUAAAAUGCACAUCAAUUUUAUAACCAUUAUGUAAUGAUAAUAAUUAUUAUUAAGGAGAGACAAUCGAUUUUCUAACAACUGAAAACUAAAACACGAUCGAUUCCAUCUGAAUACUGCCCAGUGACUAACAACGUAGUAAAAUAGGUGAUGAUUUGAAGACUUUCGAGUGAAUUUAUCAAAAAUCAGUGAUACUUUUCUUAUGUAAGUUGUUGAAGUAGAAAUAAACUUUUAACAGUGAUCAUAGCAUGUCAUUAAAAUAUUUCGUAGGCUGAACACGAUCAUAAGGCUCCACCUAUUGGAAAUUUCGAAUGAUUGAAGUGAUUCUCCACCACUCAAAAAAAUCUCUGUAUCAAGUCAACUUUGCGUGAUGUGCAUAUAAUUCAAAAAAUUUAAAUUGAUAUGCUUGCCCCACCCACCAGAAAGUAAUCUCAUAGCUUAUUAUAUACAUAUUCAUACAUAAAAAUAUAAUUAAUAACUAUGGAAUACAAAUAAAUUCACAGAAUUCAAUUCAUAGAAAGAAAAA